AAAUAGGCAGUUUUUAAGAUAAAAUAGAUAAAUAUACAUUAAAAUAGUACAUUAACUUAUUGGGGGCUAUUUUUGAACUAUUAUUAUUAUUAUUAUUAAUAUUCAUAUCAUUAUUUGUUACGUUAUAUAGAAAUUAACGGAUAUUGUUUAUAAUCUUGCAAGGAUUUAUAACGAAAUAUAUGGAUAAUUUAUGUAUGCACAACUCCUUAUGGAAAUCUUAUUGCUAACAUUACCAUAAAUAUUGUUACAAGAACUAUUUUCAAUAAUUAUCUGUGAAGUAAUCUUCUAUGAAGCCUAUGCUGGGUUCUUCUGCUUCAAGCCUCAUGAGUGCAUCGAGUAGUGGAAGCACUGGUAGUGCACAAGCCUCAGCUGGUCAACACACUAUAGCAGCUACACUUACAGCCGUGCAUAAAAUGGAUUCCGAAUUACGUUGCCCAUCUUGCAGGCGAUUUUUCCAAUGUCCUUUAUUGUUACCAUGUGGACAUUCCCUGUGCAAUUUAUGCGCAGCUGGAGCUCUACUCCCCGCUAGCGAACCAAGCAUAGCGGCAUCGAUUGCAGCAGCGCUGCACUUAUCAACAGCUGAGACAUUUAGUCCUGCUAGUGGUCCUCCUCAAUCCUCAUCCUCGUCUUCAUCGACAACAGGAAGUAGUAUAGGUUGUCCCAGUACUUCUAACUCACAAGGAAACACACAAAUUAUGGGUUGUACUUCCAACAUACCUUCAGAUUCUGAUCAAAUGAGUGUUGUUAGCGAGACGGAUUCUGGUGUAAUUGUUAGCAGUCGACCAGGUAGUUAUGUGGGAAGACUACCCGUUAUAAUAUGUUCAUCAACUUCAGGUUUAGGUCCGAGUCAAACCUACAGUAUCUCUUCAUCUUCAAUAAGUCAAGUUUCAAGUGGCUUAAUAUGUCCCAUAUGUAACCACGUCGUUGGUCUUUUUGAUGAUAAGGGACUAAGUCAUCUCCCGAGAAAUCGUGCUCUUGAACGGAUAAUAUCUAAAUUUGUAGGCCCUGAUCAAUCACCUCAUUCACUAAAAUUGAGUGCAGACUUGGAACCAUUUUUAUUAAACAAUAACACAGACCCAAUUAAUAGACCAGGUGGACCACUUUGUCAGUUAUGUGAAGAACCUAAUAUCCCAACGGAAAAUCCAUUAUCUUCAGAAACCAAUAAAACUGAAGUGAAUGAACAAAAUUGUUUAGCAACAUUUUGGUGUGAACAAUGUGAAAUAUUCUAUUGUACACGAUGUCGUGAAAAAUGUCAUCCAGCUCGUGGACCAUUAAAUCGUCAUGCAUUACAUUCAGCAACUGAAGGUGUAAAAAUAAUUAGACAAAAACAACGUAAUCAACCUACACCAUGUAUGUCACAUUUAAAUAUAAUACCAAAUCUGUAUUGUGUCAAUUGUCAUAUACCGGUGUGUAAUGAAUGCAUAAGUAAUGAUAAUUCACAAACAUUUGAAACACAUUCAAAACAUGAAAUACUCCCAUUGAUUGGAGUCUGUAAAUCACGGAAAACUGAACUAUCUCAGUCACUUCAAGCACUAUCAGAAAGAGCUCGUUCAGCUACGGAGCACAUACAGCGUUUAAGAUCGAAAUCAGAAACCGUUAAUAGAAACCUUGCAGAUUCAGAAAAAGAACUUGUUGAACAACUAAACACAUUGAUUUCUGCUAUCGAAACAAAAAAACAAGAACUAACAGAACGUUUACGAGACGAAAGAACCAAACGUAUUCAUUGUCUCAAGGAACAAAUUAAUCGUGUCACAUCAUUAUUAACCAAAUCAACUGGUCUUAUUCAAUUUUGUAUAGAAAUGCUUAAAGAAAGUGAUCCGUCCGCAUUUCUUUUGGUAUCUCAAUCACUUAUCACACGUACUCAAAAUGCAGAACAAAAUUUUAUACAAGAACUUCAACAUACUUCAUCCACUAAUGAUAUUACUGGAUCUUUAUUAUCACUUGCUUUAUCAUCAAGUAAAGAUUAUUCACAUCAUUCACCUAAGAAAAGAACACUUAAAUCAACUGAAGAGAUUUCUGGUAAAUACAACAAUCCUGCUAGUAAUGUUAGUGGGACAAGUACAUCUAAUCGAUUAAACAAAACAUUGGAUUUAUUAGGUGUGAAUAGUGUUGAUGCAAUACAUCGAGCAAUUUUAAAUUUAGGUUUAGAAGAAGAUCAAGAUACAAAAAGAACUGAAUAUUUUCAACUUAUCAAUCAAAAAAUUAACGAUGCUCCAGCUCCACCAGCGUUUCUUAUAGAAGAAUGCAUUUCAGAGCGUAAUGUUAUUACUCUUGUGUGGCAACCCACAUCGUCUAUUCCGAUUGAUCGUUACACACUUGAAUUGGAUGAUGGAGCAGGUGGAACUUUCAGGAAAGUUUAUCGAGGUGUUGAAACAAUGUGCACUGUCGAAGGUUUACACUUUCGUUCCGUCUACCGUGCACGCGUUAAAGCACACAAUCAAGCUGGUGAAAGUCAAUACAGUGAACGAAUUUGUCUACAGACAUCAGAUUUUACUUGGUUUCAUUUGGAUAUUCAUACUUCUGUACCAGAAAUUUUACUUACAAAUGGAAAUAGAACUGUUACUAGUCAAUUAUCUGAAGAUAGAGUAAUUCUUGGUUCAACUGGUUUAUCAAGAGGUGUACAUUAUUGGGAAUUCACUGUAGAUCGUUGUGAUCCUGGUGGGCAACCUGCAUUUGGUAUAGCUAGAUAUGAUUGUAAUAAAGAAAUAAUGCUUGGUCUUGAUAUGAAAAGUUGGUCGAUUUAUUUUGAUUAUAAACGAAGUUGGUUUUUACAUAAUGGAGAACAUUUUGAACGAACUGAUGGUGGAAUACAUGCUGGUAGCGUAGUUGGUAUUCGACUGGAUUGUAAUAGAGGCAGUUUAUCUUAUUAUUUAAAUGAUCAACCCCAUGGUCCAAUUGCAUUCACUAAUUUACCAAAUGGGAUUUAUUAUCCAGCUGUCAGUUUAACAAGAGCUAUUCAACUAACUUUACAUUCUGGUUUAGAAGCCCCUAGUGAGAGUGAAGAAAGUGAUGAAGAUAGUUCUGGUGGUGGAACAGGAACUGAAACCACUUCUAUGGCGACCACUGUUUUAACCCUACCAUCUACAUCACAAAGCAAAGGAUUAAGGCAAUGAAUUUAUUGACGUGAAUUAUUAACUAUAUAAUCUGCCUGUAAGUUUGUUUGUUUUUCCAAAUGUUUACUUGUAAACAAUUCAUAUGUAGCUCGAAAAAGUUUCAAUCAAGUGAAAUAACAAAUUUCAGGCUAUAAAUUCGAUAAACAAACUAACUAAUUCAAGUAAGAUGAAAUCUAAUGUUUCUUCAAUUACAUACACCUUUUAAUAUACAUCUUACUAAUACAUAAUGACUUGAUAUAAGUAUCUAUGAAAACAUUGAAAUCUUAAUGUUUAUUUCACUUUUUUUUCUUUUUGAAUGUCUUCAAUAAUUUGAAUUACAUAAAUCACUUGAUUAUUAUAUAGUUUCUUUGUAUAAAUCAACUAAUAUAAUAAUUUUAUGCUUUAUUUAUUUAAAAUGUUUGUGUUAUUUGGUGAAUACAAAAAAUCUUACAUAAAAUCUGUUAAUGAAUCUACAAAAUAUCACAACAAUAAUAAUAACUUAUUAAUAUUUUUUGUUUAUCUAAAUUGAAUAUUGAAUUGUGAACAUUUAGUCAUUUACAAACUUAUUUUAAAGAAAAAAUAACAGAAUAGAAAUAAAUAAGACUUGGUCAUAAAUAAAUAAAACUACACCAUAUAUAGAUAUAUAUCGUACAUAGAAAUGAUGUACAAAUGAUAACAGUUAACUUUUUGUUUAUAUUUUAUUAAAUCUUAAGCAUAAACAUAAAAGAAUUUAAAAUAUAGAUUAUACUAAACAUUUUAAAUACAUCAAUAAUAUAAUCAUAUUCAUAAAAAAUGUUUUGUUCCUCUCAUUGGUUUUGUUUGUUUGUUUUUCUUUAUUGAUCCAAAUGUUCUUCCUAAGUUGUUUGUUUAUUUAUUUAUAUUUUUGGUCUUAUUUUUUAUGUGUACAUUUCAAUUUGUAUUGAUUAAAAAGUUCAGUAAUGUAAGGGAUAAAAUCAUUUAAUUUUGUUUAAAUAUGAACUUCUUAAUUCUAUUCACAUGUUACAUCAUAAAAUUGUUGAUAACCUAUCAACUAUUUGUUUUGUUUAGUUUUCUUUUUGGUUUUUUUCUUUUCUUUGUAUGUUUUCUUAGAAAACAGACAGACGAUUUAAUUAUGUUUUGAGAUAAUAAUUUUUUUUAAACAAAAAAAAGUAAACUCUUUUCUUUCCCAGAAGUAAAUCUGUUGUGAAAUUGUGUAAUAUGAUUGUUUUGUUCUUUUUUUGUUUUCGUUUUGUUUUCUUCUUUUGAUUAUGUCAAUGUAAUUUGUGUGUGAAUUAUUCUUUUGAAAUCCUAUUCACAAUAUGAUCAAUUCAUGUAACCAUGACUGUUUCCUUCUUUUCUUUUUUCUUUGUUUUUAAUUAGUAAUAUAUGUACACAAAUAUUUGUUGUUGUAUUCUUAUCUAGAAAUUAAAUGAUUUGUUUAGAGGAGAGAAUCAAAAUACAGAAACUUGACCACUCAUUUGAGAAAAGAAUAUCAUUGAUUCAUUUAUAUCUGGUUUAAAAUAGAUUAAUUUAUCAAAUCAUA